UCGCCCUGAUAGUGAACACAUUACUCAGUGGUGCACGAAUAUACGCAUUGGGAAUAAUAAAUUAGAACGUGGAUAUCGGUGAAGGAAUACUUGAAAAUUGUGUAGUGAAACGUAUAUGAAGUAAUCUAUAACGCAAGACCAUAAAUCAGGAUUGAAUGGUGAUACGGCAGAAGACCAGUUGAUGACGUUUUGAAGCGAGGAGUGUUGACGUCAGUGGAUCAGGCCAGCACUGAGGCUGCCAUUGGCUCUCCAGUUGUGACGUAGACAUCUUCCACCAAUCAUUGGACCGAAGCUGUAUGAUGUCAGAUUCCGGGCCACCCAUUGGCUUAAUUAAGGAGUGACGCAGUUGGAUCUGGAAAGUGAGGGACCCGCUUACUGGCUAAGGGUCAGUGACGUCACCGGGGUAACACGUCGCGGGGACUUGGCUUUGCUUUCAUUGAUAGCGAGCCAUCGGGAUAGUGAGCAUCUCGCCGCGUCUGAGAGGAUACACACCGGGCAGUGUGAAGAUAACGGGCAUCAGGAACGGACGCCGGUACAAGUUGACUAAUGCGACAACUGUCUUAUCAACAAGAACUGUCAUUAAUGGAACCCUACUAGUGGAGGAAAUUUAGUGAACCUUUAGUGUGUAUUAGUGUAUCGGUGCUGUGAAGCUGAAUAUCAUUAAAAGACUCAAAGGGAGGACAGUGAAGACCUCAGACUUGUGUGUUGUAAGACCAGUGAAUCGGUAGUGUCAUCUCCUGCCAGUAUGAAUAAAUAAAAGCCGCACCAGUACAAAACCUGAUAUUCUCGGUGUGUUGACUUGGGAGGAGUGUGAAGGUGCGCCAGUGUGUUGGUUGGCAGGCAGGAGGGUACAGUGGCAGCCCCAGUAGGAGGAGAGGCAGGGGUGGAGGGUGACAGGAGGACUCCCAGCUGUAGGAUGUGCCAGGGGAGCCACGAGUGCUCCGGCCGGUGCGGCGAGUGCAGCAGCGACACACACAGGAACAGCAUGACGAUGGGCGGUGUAAGAGGUGGCUCCACACUGAACGAGGUAGGCGUAGCCAGGCACGUGCCUCAUUACGCCUCCACACCUCACUUGUUUGUAUACCAGGCUGCGGAGGACGAGGAGGAGGUUGACCACGCCCCCAAGGAGGCCAAAGAACCCAUUUAUUCCUCCGCCAUUGAUAUCCGCAAAGUAGCUGCUGCCAAAGAGGCGGAGGCGGUGCGACGCAUUAACGAGAAGUAUGACUCGUUGAGAGCUCUGACGGACCGUCGUGAAGAAGUUGAAGACCCCCUGGCGGUCACAGACGAGGACGUUUCGCGGAUCGAGACCUUCUUCCGCGGACACAAGACACAAUUGUGGGUGUGUCGCACGAUGGCCAACCUAUACAUCGAGGGUGGAGCUGGUGCUACACACGGCACCUGGGAACUCAAGUACACAGGUGUGCCCAUCCUACUGUUGGAUCAGGGGGAUACGCGCUCACGCGACAAACGGCGUCUCCAGCUCAUCCUGGCAGAAAAGGGAACGGGCUUUGCUCUCUGGAGAGAUAUCGUGGACAACCUAACGUCAUAUCGCGCCCAAGAGCCACAGUUCCACACACUAUACCUCUCGUCGGAUCACCGCCGCCGUAUGGGUUUCUCUUUCAACGAUGGACGCGCUGCCUGCGAAUUCCACAGCCAUAUUGAGCGUCUUACAGCCGACCCGGCCAACAUCUCUCUCUCAGGUCCUGGCAAGAAGAAGAAUAAGACGAAAGAAAAAGUCCCCAAGUACAAAGCCCCAAAGAAAACAGACAUUUCUUCCCCCUGCAAUUUCCAACACGUGACCACAGUUGACGCCUGCGACAAAGCAAGAUUCUUUUCCCUCCAGGCGUUCUCCAAGGUAAAGAACAUCCCACCUCCCCUUCAGCCCCAUACGGUGGUGGAGCUCCCUAAGGACACUCCUGACACCAAGGAAUAGGAGGACUACUCCCCCUUACCACUCGUUCGAAGGAUAAAACGAUGUUAAAAAUUGUCGUUUUCCUUAAUGUUGGUGACCUCGAGUUGAGAGUCACUGGGGACUGACCGACAGCCAUGUACUGUACGUGGCUGGACCUCCCCAUUAUUAACGUGCCAAUAUAUAUUCCUGUAGCUAAGUACUCACGCUAGUGCCAGUGCAGAACUAUUACAUGGUGCAAUUGUGGUGCAGUGUAGUUAGUUGACAGUGCUCGAGUGAAGUAGACCAUUGAUGGUGUCAGUGUUAUGGUCGUGUAGUGCAGAGAAGUCGUGAAUAUGGUACAGUGUUGAGCCAAGGAUCAUAAGUGGAGAAGACAAGCAUAUAGUAUUGGGGUUAUCCCGCUCUUGUGAUCUGAACAUCGAGCCUCUUGCCUGUGACGUGUGCCACACCUCUUGGGGGAGUCCCAGGAAACUUAUGUUACGGAAGAGACGUAGGAGUGCCCCUGUGUGUCAAGGACGCUAACGUUACACCUCGACGGGACACUUAUUUAAUUUCAAUGAGGAACUGUUUUGAACGUCAUUAAUCAUUACAGAAUGGUGGACAGUGACCAAGAGAAUAAAGGUUAGUACUCGCCACUCUCUGAAGGUGGUAUUAGUGGUUAUUCGUCCUGUUUAAAGACUAUUGAUGAUGAACCAUGACAGUGACAUAAAUGUGAUGGAAAUUUGCUGUGAACUUGUCCACGGUACAACUUGUAUAUACAUUUUAUUAACUGAUGGGAAGCUGUAAUUAGAAAAAGGAAACCUUGUGUCAUCAGUGUGUCGUAGUUAAAAAAUUGUGUUCAUCUUUCGAAAGACAUUUGACGAUAAUUAUUAGUAAAUCUUAUCAUAGUCAGACUUAACUAGCCUUAAGAUAUACUCUCUUACCCAUAAUUCCCAACGCCUGGUGUUCUCUGUUACGCUGGCAGAAAUUGGCCUUAUAUAGGUGAUAUAGAGCUUAUAUUUGCUGCUGCGUACCCUGCGUUAUGAUGCUGGACGGAGGGAGCUGUAUGAUGCUACCUGUGAGCACCCGCCAGGCUGCCUCCGUCACCUCGUCUCUGCAAGUGUCUCUACCCAGCCUCUUGUUUUUCCAGUUGGUUUUUGUCAAAAAUUAAUAUGCUGCUAUAAAUGGGGAAUAGUUAUAUUGAGGUGGUUAAUUCAUUCAGCAUUUGUAUCCUAACGAUGUUACGAUGAAAAAAAAUGAAGCUGCUCACCACAAAGGUAAAUUCCUAUCAUACCACUUGGGUCGUGCAGUGUUUCCCACUAGAGAAUGUUGCACAUACAAUACGUUAUGAUUGAAGCUGCUAACUGCAAGGUCUUUUUGCAACAUCCUUCAGGCCACUCAUAUGAAGUGAUGUAUUUGUUUAUCAAAUUGCCGUGUAAAUUGUAAAAUUUUCUUAAAACCUCAUUAUCAUAUUUUCUCAAAAUUCACCAUGUACUGUAUGUAAAUGCUAAUAGUUGGCCGGCGGGGGUAACAUCAUUAAUAUCUUCAAUUGGAUUCUUUGUUCCUUUACUUGAAGUUCCAGCUUUAUUUCACAUUUUAUUACAGUUGAGAUAUGCAUUAGCCUCGCUGCAAUAUUUUAUAAUAAAGGUUUACGCGAAAAGUUGUAAAAUUUGUAGUUUCAUACAGUACGCCUACGGUGAAUCAUUAUUGGUCAGAUUCGUAUUUUUUUUAUUAACCGAAAACCUGUUAACAAGGCAUUGUUGACGUAGGUGUUUGCGGGUCGACGCCAAGGUCAGGGUGAUUCAGGCAGAGGACCGAACGCGGGCGGGGCUGGCAGCGCUCCAAAACACCCAAGCGUGCUGCAGAUUUUACCCGCCUUAAAUGAUCCGGUUUUCAAAGUCAUCCAGAUCAAGCUAGCCAGCAGUCAGUUUAUGACUGACUUAAUAAAUUUAGAUGCCAAUGAACUCAACUUUAUCCAUAUCUUUACACAAACAUGUUAUAUACACUCAAGAAUGUAGCAUUACAAAAGUGUUAUGUGAUUAUAUUCCCUAGACUUAUCCAACCCAAUGAAUACAUUAAAGUUAUUUGUACUUACGUUAACAUAAAGAUAUUGUGACCUGUUAUAGAACUGCUAUUUUUGCUUAGAAUCAUCCCCAGCAAAAAUAUCUAGCAUCUGUUGGCAACCGCCAUGUUAGGCUUACUUCAGAAAGAUGAAGGUAAUUUAUGUAAUUUAAUAUUAGCGACAAUUUAUUACGAUGUUGCCCAUAAUAAGUAAAUAAUACAAUUUUUAAAGAUAUUGUUUUGCGAAUAGGCAUGGGCGUUUGUAAUCAUUUAUGAACUGCGUGUUUGAAGCAUUCCUCAAUUCUCAUUCUCAUAGUUUUAAAGUCUGUUCUUGUAGUUAGCGACAAUGUAUGAUUUGAUUUUUAAAGUUAAAAUGUGGAUUAUUUUAUGCUAUGACAAUGUGCGGUUUGAUUUUUAAAGUUAAAAUAUGAAUUAUUUUAUGCUAUAUUUUAUAAAAGUUCCAAGAUUUUAUAUUUUUAAUAUGUAUUUAAAAUGUGAAGUUACUUCACACUACAGCUUUCCUAUAUUUAUGUAUAAUUAUUAAGCAUAAAACAUAUUCUGACGUGUUUAAUAAUUUACGUCAAGCAGCUUUCACACCCUAAUGUGUACAGUGUAAAUAAACUGUAUAAAUAA